CCGGGUGCGGACCUCCUUGCGCCGGUCUUCCUGCUGCUUUGGCCCGGCCCACCCCACAGAAGCCGCCCGACCAUGUCCAACAUGGAGAAACACCUAUUCAACCUGAAGUUCGCGGCCAAAGAACUGAACAGGAGUGCCAAAAAAUGCGACAAGGAGGAAAAGGCCGAAAAGGCCAAAAUUAAAAAGGCCAUUCAGAAGGGCAACAUGGAAGUUGCGAGGAUACACGCCGAAAAUGCCAUCCGCCAGAAGAAUCAAGCGGUGAAUUUCUUAAGAAUGAGUGCACGGGUGGAUGCGGUGGCUGCCAGAGUCCAGACUGCAGUGACGAUGGGCAAAGUGACCAAGUCCAUGGCCGGUGUGGUUAAGUCGAUGGAUGCGACGUUGAGGACCAUGAAUCUGGAGAAGAUCUCUGCUUUGAUGGACAAAUUCGAGCACCAGUUUGAGACCUUGGACGUCCAGACGCAGCAAAUGGAGGACACGAUGAGCAGCACGACUACGCUGACCACUCCCCAGAACCAAGUGGAUCUGCUGCUCCAGGAAAUGGCAGACGAGGCGGGCCUCGACCUCAACAUGGAGUUGCCGCAGGGCCAGACCGGUUCCGUGGGAGCGAGCGUGGCUUCGGCUGAGCAGGAUGAACUGUCGCAGAGACUGGCCCGCCUUCGCGAUCAAGUCUGACGGCCGAAACCGUCCGAGGUUUCCUUUUGACGUGCUCUCUGUGUUUUAGAGAGGUAUCCUAGAACUGUGCCAGAAUGCCGAACUCUCUUCCAAGAACCUUUGCGUUUACAGCCCUCUCCAGAUACGUUAAAUUCCAGUUUUUCUCCACUUCUAACUGGAUUUUAAAGCUCUUUAUGGCUUAUGAUGAUGUGUAUUUUUAUAGCUGCCUUUUAACAGAACUGGUUAUUUUGCUCUAUAUAAGCCUAGGAAAAAUCGACAAAACUCUAGUCCUCAUGUAUUCCGUUUUCGGUAUGACUGAUGGUACAUAGACUGACAAGUGGUGCAUAAAAAUUAGAGGAGGAGGGAUGGA